AUGGAUUUUGCGCGCAAGCAAUUGGAAAAAUACGGCUGGUCCGAUGGCAAAGGCUUGGGCAAAUAUGAGAAUGGAAUAUCAGAAGCUUUGAAGCCUAAAUUGAAGCGUAGUGCUGCUGGCAUCGGUCAUGAUCCUGCAUCGGAAUUCAAUGAACACUGGUGGAGUGCUCUGUAUGAUAAGGCUGCUGCCAAUGUUGAGGUUGAAGAAAAAAAUGAGAAAACGAAAUAUAUCAAAACAAAAGAUGAAUUUCACAUAACAAAUAAUACAUGGAAACUGAAACAGAAGAGCAAAGAAGGAGAUAAUGAAGAACAAUAUUCUGAAUACUUUGUACGAACUGCAGUGUUGACUAAUGGAGGAAGUAAGGUUGAGAAAGUAAAAGAAUCAGAGUCGGAAGAUGAAGAAGUAAAGAAGGAUGUAUUUAAAAUGACAGAUGAGGAAUUAUUUAAGGCUUGUGAAGGAAGGACAGCUCAUAAAGGAGCACGACAUGGUCUACGAGCUACUGGGAAACUAGCUAGAAUAGCUCAGCAAGAGGCUAUGUUGCUUACAGAGUCAAGGUUCAGUGGUUAUUCACAUGCUAAAAAAUUUAAAGAUGAUAAAGUGGUUGAAGAAAUGAAUUUAAGUGGUGAGUCUGAGGUCUCAGAACGUAAAAAGAAAAAAAAGAAACGAAAACGCUGUAAUAGUAAUGAACAACAGACAGAAAAUUUUAUUGGUAAUACUACUUUGGCUGAAUCAAAUGGAGUGCCUUUGCUUUUAAAUCACGAAGAAGUACCUGAUGACGAUGUUACCAGUAUAAUAAAAGAAGAAAAUGUUAGUAGAAAAGCAAAAAAAUCUAAAAGAAAAUCUUGCAGUACAAUUGAAACAAUUCUUGAAGAUGAAGAAAUCGUAGUUGAGCCUAAGAUAAGUAAAAAAGAUAAGACGAAAAAGAAGAAUAAGAAAACGGUUGAUUUGUAA